AUGAACCCCCGCCCGAACUUCGGCAACUACUUCAGAUAUCCAACACUUGGACCUGGCGAAAACCACUCGAAUACCAAGAACCCUAACCCGUCUGCUGAAGCCAUGACAUCGGCUCCCACAAUUCUGGCCACGUGCAAGCAGACACGAUUUCAUCUGCUAGAUGAUAAUCCUUCGCAGGAGAUCGAUGUGGAUGGACUUAACAUCAUAGUCACAUCAUCUGCACCUGAAUCCACCGAAGAUGCCUCAAAGCCAAAGCCCAAAGGAAAAUCAAAGGUCAAGGCUGCAGGGAGAGAGCUCAUAUCAGACGCGCACCUACGACUCAAGGCAGGCGUUCACUAUGGGUUACUAGGUCGCAACGGAACUGGGAAGUCAACGCUGCUCCGGGCAAUGGCCGAGAAACUCAUUCCUGGCAUCCCGCAUGCGACUCGCAUGGCUAUUUUGCAGCAAACAGACCAGCAGGAUGACGUCACAUUCGGCGAAGACCAUAAUCAGGACAAAACUGUUUUGGAAGCCGUUCUCAGCAGCGAUGAAAUUCUAUCGAAGAGUUUUGAGACUGAAGAUCCAAUGCAACCCGUCCGGGCGAUCCGCAAGAUCCGGCACCAGAAAGCAGAAAAGCAUCUCUUUCUGGCACACAAGAACGCAAGCCUGAAAAGCGGUGCUCGGGGUCUACAAGCAAGAAAAGACCUGAAGGCUGCCGAGGGGAAGCUCGAGACUGCAUCGGAGAUGUUGGCCCAGGAUGUAGCCGCUAUCGAUGCGGAAAUAGUCCAGUCGGAUACCCAAGCUGCCGUCGAGACACUACAAAAUUUACAGUCUCAAAUCGAAGACAUGAAACUUGCCGAUAUGAAGCAACAAGCCCGUCGCGUUCUCCUUGGUCUCGGCUUCAAAGAAGACGGAUUCGAGAAGAAAAAGUCUCUACGCUCUCGGGUGGUUGGCGUAUGCGAUGUAUGCUAG